AUGCUCUUGUCUUUCUCUUUCUUUCUCUACUGUUUCUUUCUCAUGUUGUCUCUGGGGCUAGCAUCGGACCUUUUGCUAAAAAUACUUGGCGCUCAAGGUCAAAUAUUUGUUGACCACUACUUUGAACUUAUGUUGGCAACAGAUGCUUCAGAGUGGAGUAUGAAGUACUCGGCAUCUGUGGCCAAAGACACAACACGGGUAACCAUCGAAUUUCGAGUGCAGAAGACAAAUCGGAAAUACAGAUUACCGCCUGAACAGCCAGCAGCGUCGGUAGCUAGUGUCAAAGCGGCGGAACAGUAUCCGUUAUUUUGCCCUGAUGCGCGUACAGUAACAGAUAUUGGCUGGUCGGAGAAAAUGAGCGAAAACGGCGUUCGCCUGGAUAGAAACGGCUUUUCUAGAGUGAUCUGCGAUGCGAGUUUCCUUAUGGGUUCCGUCCGCGCAGAAUGGAUACAAGGCCUAGGACUCUGA